UCUUCUCCGGUCUUCUCUCGACUUCGCCCGCUCGGGCCGUGUGCCGUGUCGCCGUCGACGCCCCCCGUCUGACCCCGUCUCGCGCUCAGCCUGAUGUGCAGCUUGCAGCUGCACUAACUGCAGUCAGUGCGGUGCAGCGCUCGUUUCGUUAAAUUGUAUAGCGCGUUCAAACGUCAAACUGCCAAACGCGACAGCCUGCACGGGAAAAAUUGCUCGAGAUUGCUCGAGAUUGCUCGAGAUCUCGCGUCCUCGCGUGCCGCAUGUUUUAAAUAUUCGCUUCUGCAAUUUCGUUUGUAUUACUUCUUUGAUUGACAGGCUGUAAUUAUACUUGACUCAAAGCGCGCGCGCGCGCACACACGUUUCUCAAUCGUUUCUCCUUCAUUUAAACCUAUUUAAACGGCCACCUAAGGUCUAAGCCGCCUUCCGCGCCGUGAAUUCAAAGUUGAGCUUUCUCGUUUGCGUAUUCAGCGAUAUUGUUCAGUGUUGGUCCGAGUGUUGUGGUCUAUUAUAGUAUAAAAUGUCCAUGUCGACUGAUAACAGUGGCAAUAACGGCAGCGUCGCAAUCCAUCCAUCAGCCGCAAAUUUAGUCUCACCGUCUGAUGGCGGCGGCGGCGGCGGCGGCGGCGGCGGCGGCGGCGACGAGUCUCUCGACCAUGUCGAAAUCGUCGAAAUCGUCGAAAUCGCCGAAAUCGCCGACGAUGCCGUUACGAGGCCGUGUACCGAGGCGCGUAAAAUUAGCAUAUUCACGCUUUACGCUAAAAUAUUUCGACUUCUUCUCACGACGCAGAUACCGAAUUUUAGUCUUCUUAGCGACGAGCUACGUAACAGAGAACUCGAAAAUUUGAUAUUGCCAAGCGACGAAGAGUGGCGUCACCGAGUUUAUCACAGUCUCGUCGAAUUACAAAGAGAAAAGGACGCUGAGAUAAACCAAGAUAGAAGGAUGGAGGAUCUUUCUUCCAAAGAACGGAUGACUCGUGCAAAUUCGCAAGAUUGGGAAUGGCGACCGACGGAAAAGGCUCAUCUUCCGCAAGGUAAAAGAGACGAGAGUCGUCCGCGGGUGCAGGUAGCGGCGGUCGUCGAUUCUUCGGGGACUGCCACUAGUGCCACUAGUGCCACUAGUGCCAGUGGCGGCGGCGGUGGCUCGAUGACGGAGGCUCGCGUCGAACCAGGCUGGCGUAUCAACGAUAUCCUCUUAGCGGCUAAAGUUUUGCUAAAUACACAACCAUCGCCAAAUUAUGCUAACGAGGCUGAGAUGAGACGCGUCUUUGGUUUGGUAUACGAUGUUCUGAGAUAUAAAAACAUCCUGAAUCGUACUCUCGAGGACGGUGGUUUUUGGUAUCGAAACGAUACUUUGAAACAACGAGAACGAGUAGUCUGGUUGUUAUUGUACGAUAUGCAGGGAAGAAAAUUUACCCGUCGACGUGGCAAGGCCGCAAACGAGAUUCGAGAUAAGAUGUUCGAGGCUGUCGGAUUAAAAGACAUCGAGGACGCUCUUUUGAAAGCAAAGACGCAUUUGGCAGCGAGCAUCUCGCGUCUUCGAAUCGGCGGUUCAGCACUCAAUCUUGAUGAGCUCCUUCCGAUGCAUCUGCGUAUCGCGGAAGGAAUAAACUGGGCCGACGAAGGCGCGAUUGCUUCGGGAUGGAUCAACACUAUGAGAGUAUUUGAUAAAAAAGAAUUCGUAAGAGAUAUGUCCAAGUUGAAAUUUGAACUUUGCGACGAUAUCGAAGCAGCGGAGCUCAAAGAGAACGAGUAUGCCUUUGAUCCAAUUUGUCCAAAGAUGAUAAAUUUACAUGACAAGGCGCGAGAGAAACUCGCCGUGUCUAAUUUGAUUCGUGAUCAUCGAUUCAUCUUUCUAGAAAGAUCGUUGUGUCUCGGAGCAGCCACCCUGGCGCAGGCGAUGCGCGUCGCGCGUCUUUGCGGUCCCGUAAUUCUCACUCAUUCGAUCGCCCCUCGUCACACUGGUUACUUGGCGGGACUGUUGGCCGACAUCGAGGACGCCGGGAGACUGUUGGCUUUCGGUGCUGGAGAUCGCUGUCGCGAGUACGAAGCGUAUCUCGCGACUUUAGGCCUCACUCUGCAACAAUGUCAAAUGUUUUCCGAAAAAUACAUCUCGCCUGCACAAGCAUCCGUUGAAUUGGAAAGAGCGACCGUCGUUUUGGCAACUCCCCCGUGCAGCUAUACCGGCGUCCGGGAUGUCGUCGAUCUUGCCGUUGCUCGUGGUGGCGAUACUAAUUUAUUGGAAUCGUUAACCAGCGAUACCGCGGGUGCAGGCAUCAAACGGCCCCGCGCUCUUCUGGCCGAGCAGUUUUCCACGCUCAAGUACGCGCUAACCAGACCAAAUAUACAGUUUUUAAUAUACGAGGUGCAUACGAUCUUGCCAUCCGAAACUACGGAAAUGAUUCGACAGGUGGUCGAAUACGCCAACCAAUUAGCCACGGAGAAAUACAUUCGCGAGCAUCUCCCAAAGAAAAAGACUCUAUUCAAAGAUGCUAGCGGAAAGAUUUCAAAGAUGACGAAAGCUAGUACGUGUAAGCAAGAACAUUGGCAGGAGGAUCAAGCGCAAGCCCAACGCGAACAAAUAUUUGCAAUGUGCAAGCAGGAGGACGAGGAAGAUGAAAAGUUGUUAGACACGAAUGAUGUUGUUAUUCCCGAUAGCGAUUUGUUCGAAGUGAAGACCAUCGAUGAAAUUUAUGGCGAGACGAACGAAUGUACGUUGGAUCCAGGCUGUUUCAUCGCUAUAAUCAAACGAAAGGAAAUGAUGCAGUUUAAUUCGCUUUUCAUGAUCAAAGUAGCAGAAUCGAAAGGAUUGUUUGGCGAUGGUGACGAUUCCGACAAGGAGAGAAAUCCAAAGCAGAAAAGCGAAAAAAGCGAGAAAAGCGAAAUCCCGUCAACAGCACUCCCACCUCAGACUUUGCGAAUCAGUCGCAAAAGUUUCAAGCGUGUCAAAGUUGAAAUAGAUCGCGUGGCGGCGCCUACGCACGCUUGGAUGUUGCGAGCUACGAAUAAGCGUCAACCGUGUCCUCGCCACAGCCGACACAUCGUCCGAGAUGAAAAGUUAUUAUCCAUGCAGAUACGUGAAACGCGAAAGCGAGAUGCGCGUCGAUGGUGGCGAGAUGCAACCGCCUUUCUGCUUCAUUCGGAAACAACUCGAAAUAUGCCGAAUAAUUCCGUUUUCCACUUUUAUGCGACGCGUUCGGAUCCGUUUACGCGAAAGUCGCUGUAUCCUUUUCACGCGAAGAACAUGGCCUUGUCGAAAUGCUAUCGACCACCUUAACAGGAGAAAUUGCCAAUUUAAUCUUAUCAUUGUGCUUAUAUUAUACAUUAUUUACCUGUAUCGUGUUAAUUAAUACUCUAACAAAAUGUUGUUGUCAAAUCUAAUCGUCCGCAUGUCCGUUAAGAGAGGAUAUUAUAUAGACUUUGUUAAAAGUUAUCUCAACUCUCAAGAGAUUUAUUAAUAAAACCGGCGCAUUUAUCUUGAAA